CAAACACCCCGCAUCCCCUCCUCUUCAUCCGGCCUUUAUAUAUAGGACGUAGCACCUCUCCCUCCCUUUUUGCUUUUGCUUUUUUCAUUCCUUCCUAAUAGCCUCUGCAAUGGUUCUUUCCAAUGAAUCUUCUCGCUUUACUUUUGGGUCGUGUCUAACAAUUCUCUGUCUACUUGUGGUACAACCCCGCAGAGCCUCCUCAGCUCUCCUAUUCGGCUUGAGAAACCACCAUACUAACCAUCAACACAGACGUCCCAUGAUCCAAGCCAACCAAAGCACUUGUGCAUUGUUUGCUGGCACCUGGGUUCGUGAUGACACAUAUCCACUAUACCAAUCUUCCAACUGUCCAAUCAUAGACCCCGAGUUCAACUGCCAAAUGUACGGUCGGCCAGACUCCGAUUACCUCAAGUAUCGAUGGCAGCCCCUCAAUUGUGAGCUCCCAAGGUUCAAUGGGCUUGAAUUUCUACUGAGAAUGAGAGGGAAAACAGUGAUGUUUGUGGGUGACUCGCUUGGACGGAAUCAAUGGGAAUCUUUGAUUUGCAUGAUUUCAGCUGCAGCUCCUACAACCCCAACAAAAAUCUUCAGAGGCGACCCUCUCUCAACCUUUAAGUUCUUGGAUUUUAGUCUGUCCAUAUCAUUUUACCGAGCUCCAUAUCUGGUUGACAUAGAAAAGGUGCAAGGAAAGAGAGUUCUGAGGCUGGAAGAAAUGUCCGGCAACGGCAACGCUUGGCGGGGGGCCGAUGUGCUGUCCUUUAACACCGGUCACUGGUGGAGCCACAAAGGAUCCCUUCAAGGGUGGGAUUACAUGGAAUCAGGAGGGAAAUUUUACCAAGACAUGGAUCGGUUGGCUGCUUUGGACAAGGGACUUAGAACAUGGGCCAAUUGGGUAGACACCAACAUUGACAGCACCAGAACCAAAGUGUUCUUUAUGUCCAUCUCUCCCACACACUACAACCCGAGUGAAUGGAAUGUUGGCGCAACAUCAUCAACAACAAAGAAUUGUUAUGGAGAAACAGUACCAAUUACAGGAACAACAUAUCCUGGGACAUACCCUGAUCAAAUGAGGGUGGUGGACAGUGUGAUUAGGGACAUGCAUAACCCUGCAUACUUGUUGGACAUAACCAUGCUAUCCGAGCUGAGGAAGGACGGCCACCCUUCCAUCUACAGCGGAGAUUUGAGCCCCAAGCAGCGAGCCAACCCUGCAAGGUCUGCUGAUUGUAGCCAUUGGUGCCUUCCUGGAUUGCCUGAUACUUGGAACCAAUUGUUCUAUAAUACUUUGUUUUCCUUAAUUUAGUGUGUUUGUUACUAGUCUAUGGUUUUUAGUUGUUGUGAUAAAUUUAGCGAGAGAGUGCAAAAUUGCACCUCUCUCGUGUAAAUUAAUGUCAUAUUGUUGGGAAA